AUGUCAGACUAUUUACCUCACGAAAUCAUAAUUGAAAUCCUCACAAAACUACCCGUCAAAUCCAUCCUCCGAUGCAUACUCGUCUGCAAGGCAUGGUACUCUUUGAUCACAAGCCCUAAUUUCAUCGUCAGACACCUCAAUCGCACCGUUUUGAGCAGCAAAAUCUACCAUCCCACACUUUUCAUCAGACGUUACGACAAGAAUGGCCAGAACGAGCACUAUACAUUACACCGAGAAGAUGAAACAUUUGGGGUUAGUUUUUCGGAACUGGAAUUUCCAUUUAAGAUUCCAAUUGGGUAUUUUAGAAUAGUUGGUUGUUGCAAUGGGUUGAUAUGCUUGUCUUAUGAUUUAUUUGGUGAUAUGACAACUAUAAUUCUAUGGAACCCAUCGAUUAGGAAAUCGGUUACUCUGCCAAAACCCAGUAAGUCAAAAUCACUACACAUGUUUGUGCUUGGUUUCGGAGUUGUCCCAAUGACUCAGGAUUUCAAAGUGGUGAGAAUUGUAUAUUACAAAGGGUUUUUUAGUGGCUACGAAGCCCCUCCCAAUGUUGAGAUUUACACGCUCAGCACAGGAUCGUGGAGAAGCAUUAAUUCGGCUGCUCCUUCAUAUUGUAUGGUGGAAUAUAUGUGGUCACAGGCUUUGGUAAAUGGGGUUGUGCAUUGGAUUGCAUAUAAUCCAUGUUUUGAGUUCGGGUUCUGCAGUUUGAUUGUGUCAUUCGAUUUGGGUGAAGAGGUAUUUCAUGAGAUUGUGCUUCCUGAGGCUUUGGCUGGUGAGAUUGCGACAAACUUGUCUACUUCUGUAUUUAGGGAGUCCCUUGCUGUGAUCAAGUAUGAUAAGGAAAUAGGAACUACGUCAUGUUGUGUGUGGGUUAUGAAAGAGUAUGGAGUUGCAGAUUCAUGGACUAAAUUAUUUAGCAUUCAUCUAGUGGGAACAUUGGAGAAAAUAAUAGGAUUUAGGAAGAAUGGUGAAGUUUUGUUGUCAUCGAGGAGCUGCAAGCUGGUUGCUUAUGACCCCAAGAUGGGACUGAUCAAGGACCUUGAAAUCCUUGGUGACACGCGCUCCUUUCAUGUUGAUACAUACAUGGAAACCCUGGUUUUAUUAGGGAAAUCAAAGCGUUAGUUCAGUUCCGGUACUCUCGGGUAAGUAGCUCUACGAAAGAGUGCUCGGUUGGUUCUCACUUGGAAGGCAGCUCGUAGAAACAAAACAGUUUUAGGUUUGCCGGUCCUUUAUUCAAUGAGUCGGCUCUCUAUGGUCUAAAAUAGGCUCCUCGUGCUUGGUUUGAGAAGUUCAGCACCACACGACCCGCAUCCCUUCACCCAGUUCCGAACCAGUACGAGCACCAGAUAAAGCGCAAGCGGGGUCUGGAAUAACUAUAUAGUUGGGGCACCGAAUAUGCCUUAUUUGUCUUAGUCCUAUAAUGGGUCUAUCUCUGAGGCCAGAGGUCUACUACAGAGUACCGUUUCAUUAUCCGACACAAAGCAGUCUCGCAUAAAAAGUCGGUCCCCUCCUGAUCAAGUUGGGUGUGAAGGUGAGCUCCUAAGUCGGUCAUUCCUUGCUUAAGUGAGGCUGGUUUAGUUCAAGGCCCCUGAGAGGGGUAACUGAAUUCUUGCGAUGCUCAUAGUGGCCAGAGAAGACAAGCGAAUGUAGUUGAAGAGGUAGAAUGUUAGUGAUAUUAAAUAGCAAUUUGCAAAAAAAAGGCAAAAUAGAUCAUUCCAGUUACAUAAUUUAGAUCAUAUAUAGAG